GGGUGCAGAGUGGAAGGCUGUCCGCCCGGCCUCGCCCACCAUCCCGCGGGAGGACUGGGCGUGGCCGGAGGGACUGUCCCGGAGGCUGUGGGCGCGGCGGGCCGGGGCGGGCUCCUCCCUGCGGUCUCUGUGGCAGGGGCUGCGGCGGGGUGGUGUCGGCGCGGCCGGGGCAGGGCCUGCGGUGCAGCCCGGUGAGUGGACCUUCUCCUCUCUGCGCAGCCUGGGACCCGUAGCCGACCUCACCGCGGCAGGAAUGGCCCCGAGGCCUCCGACGGCCGCGCCCCAGGAAUCAGUGACAUUCAAAGAUGUGGCUGUGGACUUCACCCAGGAAGAAUGGCACCAUGUGGACCCUGCUCAGAGGAGCUUAUACAGGGAUGUGAUGUUGGAGAACUAUAGCCACCUGGUUUCUCUUGGAUAUCAAGCAUCCAAGCCGGAGGUCAUCUUCAAAUUGGAGCAAGGAGAAGAGCCAUGGAUACCAGAGAGAGAAAUCCAAAGACCCUUCUGUGCAGACUGGAAGAUCAGGCCUGAAACUAAAUCUUCAAGUCUUCAGCAGGGUAUAUCUGAAGUAUCCCACAGUAGAGAUGAUGUGUCACAUGCCACAUUAAGAGACACUUGGGAUGUCAAUAGCCCAUUAGAGAAGUACCAGGAAAAUUUGAGGAGACAAUUUUGGUCAGAGGUAUCUGCCCAGAAGAAAAUAUUCACACUAGAGGAAAGUUUUGAGCAAAAAAAAUCUUGUGGAAACUCUAGAUUGAGCACAGAAUUGGUUCCACCAUUAGACAUUCCUUUAAGAAUAAGGCCCAAUGAAUGUGAAACACUUGGAAGCAAUUUGGGACAUAAUUCAGAGUUAGUUACUCGAAGUAAUAUCCUUGUAAAAAAGAAGCCUUAUAAAUGUAACAAAUGUAGAAAAUCAUUUAUUCACAGAUCAUCACUUAGUAAGCAUGAGAAAAUUCAUAAAGAUGAUGCUUAUGCCAAUGGUACAGAUCAGGGAAUUUAUUCUGGAAAGAAACAUCAUGAGUGUUCUGACUGUGGGAAAAUCUUUCUCUGGAAAACACAACUUACUGAGCAUCAGAGAAUUCACACUGGGGAGAAACCUUUUGAAUGCAAUGUGUGUGGAAAGGCCUUCAGACAUAGCUCAUCCUUAGGUCAACAUGAGAAUGCUCAUACAGGAGAGAAGCCUUACCAGUGUAGUCUCUGUGGGAAAGCCUUCCAGCGUAGUUCCUCUCUGGUUCAACACCAGAGAAUUCACACUGGAGAAAAACCCUAUCGAUGUAAUCUCUGUGGGAGAUCCUUCAGACAUGGUACAUCCCUCACUCAACAUGAGGUCACACAUAGUGGAGAGAAACCUUUCCAAUGUAAAGAAUGCGGGAAAGCCUUUAGUAGAUGUUCUUCCCUUGUCCAACAUGAGAGGACUCAUACUGGAGAGAAACCUUUUGAAUGUAGCAUAUGUGGGAGGGCCUUUGGUCAGAGUCCAUCCCUUUAUAAGCAUAUGAGGAUUCAUAAAAGAGGUAAACCUUACCAAAGCUGUAACUUCAGUGUAGCCUUUGAGCCUAGCUCCUCUCUUACUCAUGGUGAAAAUACACUGACUGCAGUAAAGUCAUACCACUGUAAUGACUGUGGGGAAGAUUUCAGUCACAUCACAGACUUCACUGACCAUCAGAGAACCCAUACUGGAGAGAAUGCCUAUGAGUGUGAACAGGCUUUUAGUCAGCAAUCUAUGUCUCAUCCUGGAGACAAACCCUAUCAAUGUAAUGUGUGUGGAAAAGCAUUCAAAAGGAGUACAAGUUUUAUAGAACAUCAUAGAAUUCAUACUGGAGAGAAACCCUAUGAAUGUAACGAAUGUGGAGAAGCCUUUAGUCGACGCUCAUCACUUACCCAACAUGAGAGAACCCACACUGGAGAGAAACCAUAUGAGUGUAUUGACUGUGGAAAAGCCUUUAGUCAAAGUUCAUCUCUUAUUCAACAUGAAAGAACUCAUACUGGAGAAAAACCCUAUGAAUGUAAUGAAUGUGGGCGUGCUUUUAGAAAGAAAACCAACCUGCAUGAUCAUCAGAGAAUUCAUACUGGAGAAAAACCUUAUGCUUGUAAGGAAUGUGGGAAAAACUUCAGUAGGAGCUCAGCUCUUACUAAACACCAGAGAAUUCAUACACGAAAUAAACUGCAGGAAACCUAAAAUUACAGAAUGGGUAGGAAGCUUUGGCUAUAAUAUGAUUCCAAUUCAUUAUCAGAGAAUUUUCUCCUGGAGAGAAAGUUUGAGAAUAUAAUUAUGUGGUGGUUGUAUAUGUAUGGAGAAAACUGUGCUACUAGACAGAUUUAAAAAAAAAUAAAAGCCACAUGUUCAUAUCUGAUUACAAGCUUUUAUAAAACCACAAACAACAUAUGUAGCCAUUUGGGAAUGAUAGACAUAUAUAUUGGAUUUUAUUAAAGCUUUUGAAUAUGAAUGUGGGACACCACCAAGUUUUAGCAGCUUGAUAUAUAUGUCCUACUGUUUACAGCCUUUUAAAAAAUGAAAUAAUGGGGCUGGAGAGAUGGGUCAGUGGUUAAGAGCACUGGCUGUUCUUGUAGAGGACCCAAGUUCAAUUCCUAGUGCCCAUAUGGCCACUAACAUCUGCCCAUAACUCCAGUGCCAGGGGCAUCUGACACACUCUUCUGACCUCUGUGGGCAUUAUAUGACACAGUCACACUUACAUACAUGCAGG